ACGGUCUUAUCUUGAGCCGUCAAAACACCACCUAAUACAUGUAGCACCUUACAUCAACAAUGUAUACAUUACUGGUUGAGGUUGCGUUUGUUAGUCUCGGUAUCUGCAGUUGCAUUCAGGCUGAAGAUGAAACAGUUUCUACAAUAAUCCAUAGAUUGUCUCUGCUAGAGGACAAAGUUCUAAAGCAAGAGAAAAUCAACAAUGAACAAGAAGCGCUCAUCGGAUAUCUGAAAGCCCAGAAUGAAGAGUUUCUGACAAGGAUGAAUGCACAGAAAGCAACAAUAAAACAGCUGGAGACCAGAAACGCGCUGAGUAUCCAGAGGAGAUUCGUACUCGAUAGCGAAGGUCCAGUUGCCUUCUCGGCCGUGAUUGAUCCCAGUUUUAUUGAACACACCAAACCUAGCACGGCGAUAAAGUUUGAAACAAUACUUACGGAAUUUGGAGGCGGCUAUAACAACGAUACCGGGAUAUUUGUUGCUCCACACACUGGUUUGUACCUGCUGUCCUGUUCAAUGUUAGACCAUAUGGCUCACGGUGGCCAUGGCGGUGUCAUGAUCCAUGGAGAAAUCAUGAGAAACCACGAUGUCCUUGCACGAGUGUUUGCGCAUGCAGAGGCUUCUUACAGAGACCAAGGAGCUAACACAAUAAUUGCGAAGUUGACCAGAGGGGACCAAGUUUGGGUGCGAACAAUGGACAACAGUGACCUUGGAUUGGGAGGUUCAAGAUAUACGUCAUUUUCAGGAUACCUACUUUGGCAAAUGUCAUGAAUUUGAAAAAAAAGCUAGUCGUAUAUAUAACACAAAA